AUGACCCCUGCAACACAAGUCUCUGAAGGGUCAGUUACUGACGAGGGUGUGCAGGGCCCGGCCGGUGGCGGGUGCGGGGGCCACAGCACGGAGGAGACACAGCUGGGGCGCCUUCAGCAGAUGGAAGGGGAACACAUGCCAGCCACUCCAACAGCCAAGGUCACGCCCCCACCCACAGCCACACUCACAAAAGGAAACUACACCCCAAAGGCUGAAUAUGGUUAUCUAUUUUGUCUAUUAUCUUUGCAGGACUGGAACCUCUGGGGCGACACCACGACUGAUGUUCCCGCUGAGACGCCGGAUGUUGGGCUGGAUGGCGUGGCGUUCCGAGGUGACGACGAGGGGAGGCAUAACUAUGAAGAUUAUUAUGACGUGAAUGAAGUGGAUAAUGCUAGUAAGGACGGUGAUUUGACUCUGACUCAGGGUUCAAGUGACAGUGCCGCCGAUGAACCGUACAGGGACAGGUAUGGUAGGCGGUACCAGUUCAAUACAAGCCACAGCUACGGAGACCAAACUGGUGACGGCGAUUAUGCUAGUCGUAGUGAGAAAAGGUAUUACACGCGCGAGGGUGGUGACAGUGACAGAGGUGAUCGCUACGGCUCUACUGCAACUGAUGACGAAAGAUACAGCUCGGGCGGCUCCCAGAACUCCAGCGGCUACAGAUCGUGGUGGUCCUCUUCGAGCGGCAGCACCGGUAGUGAUGGUGGCAGCCACAGUGACAGGGAAGCCUACGGCCAAGGCGAAGAUGAGGGACUUAAUGAAAAUGAAGUGAGAAGAGACUACGGGAGAACUGAAAGUGGUUACGGUGGUGAUGGUAGAUACGAUGCUAAUGGUCCCAGUAGUGGCUUGGUAGGGGGUGGUAGUAGUGGAAGUGCCAGUGGUGGCUACGGUGGUGGCAAUAGUGAUACCACUGGUGGUGUAUACGGUAGUGUUGAGUAUGGCAGCAGUGGUGGAGCCCGUCGUGAAUACAGUACUGAUGAGUACAGCAUCACUGGUAGUGCUGGUGGUGGUUACGGGCGUGUUGAGUAUGGCAGUAGUGGUCGUGCUGCUGGUGGUUACGGUGGUGGCAGUGGUGGUGCUGCUGGUGGUGGUUACGGUGGUGGCAGUAGUGUUGGUGCUGGUGGUGGUUACGGUGGUGGCAGUAGUGUUGGUGCUGGUGGUGGUUACGGUGGUGGCAGUAGUGUUGGUGCUGGUGGUGGUUACGGUGGUGGCAGUAGUGUUGGUGCUGCUGGUGGUGGUUACGGUGGUGGCAGUGGUGGUGCUGCUGGUGGUUACGGUGGUGGCAGUGGUGGUGCUGCUGCUGGUGGUUACGGUGGUGGCAGUAGUGUUGGUGCUGGUGGUGGUUACGGUGGUGGCAGUGGUGGUGCUGCUGGUGGUGGUUACGGUGGUGGCAGUAGUGUUGGUGCUGGUGGUGGUUACGGUGGUGGCAGUGGUGGUGCUGCUGGUGGUGGUUACGGUGGUGGCAGUAGUGUUGGUGCUGCUGGUGGUUACGGUGGUGGCAGUGGUGGUGCUGCUGGUGGUGGUUACGGUGGUGGCAGUAGUGUUGGUGCUGGUGGUGGUUACGGUGGUGGCAGUAGUGUUGGUGCUGCUGGUGGUGGUUACGGUGGUGGCAGUGGUGGUGCUGCUGGUGGUGGUUACGGUGGUGGCAGUGUUGGUGCUGCUGGUGGUGGUUACGGUGGUGGCAGCAGUAGUGGUGCCGGUGGUGACUAUGGUGGUGGUGCCGGUGGUGGCUAUGAUGGUGGUGCCGGUGGUGGCUACGGUGGUGGUGACAGAACAAGCGUUAGUGGGAGCUACGGUGGCAGCGUGGGUGGAGGCGGCUAUGACGGAGGCUACGGCGGUGUUGCUGGUGGUAGGCCACAAAUUCAGCCUCGGCCGCAACCAGGCUACCCAGGACCCGACGCCGACCAGCAGAGGGAGUGCGGCGGCGAGGACUGCAACACUAGUGGUUGCAAAUGCAUCGGAGAGAAGGGCUCAAGGGGGUCACCAGGGCUACCAGGUCCCGAAGGGGAGAAGGGACAGCAGGGGUUCCAAGGCAUGGAGGGCCUCAUGGGUCCUAAGGGAAACAAAGGAGAUCCAGGGCCACAGGGUCCCACUGGUCCUAAGGGUGACAGAGGUAAGAUGGGCCUCAAUGGCUUCCCAGGUAUCAAUGGCAUUCCGGGCAUCCCCGGGGUGCAGGGACCUAGAGGCAGACCUGGCCUGGAUGGCUGCAAUGGCACUGAUGGUGUCCCAGGCCUGCCAGGCGAACAUGGACCACCUGGCCCAAGAGGUUUCCGAGGACCAGAAGGCACUAAGGGUUUCAAGGGAGAGCCAGCCAUUAGCCCCUGUCCCACCUCAAAGGGAGAGAAAGGAGACCCAGGGCGUGAUGGCAGACAGGGGUUACAAGGGCCAUCAGGCCUGCCUGGACCCAGAGGAGAGCCUGGUUUUCGGGGCAGAGAUGGAGAAAAGGGAGAAAAAGGUUACCAAGGGCUUAAGGGAGAAAAAGGACCCAUGGGAAUUGCCUACACAAGCCCUCAAGGAAUAAAAGGGCAAAAGGGAGAAAAGGGUGAAGAGCGUAAUUGCAGCGUAGAAUUUGCAGGCCCAAACUGCACGGAAGUUUUUUACCGGGGCAGAAAAGGAGCAAAGGGAAUGACUGGUUUGCAAGGAUACAAGGGCAACAAAGGAGACCAAGGCCCCAGAGGUGACAACGGGAUUCAAGGCCCUGUUGGAGAGAAGGGUUUGCCUGGCCUACCUGGCCCUGCUGGGCGUGAUGGCUACCCUGGGCCUCCUGGUCCCACAGGGUACAAAGGUGACCUGGGUGUUGAUGGCCUUGAUGGCUUACCAGGUCUCAAAGGAGACAAAGGUACAGCAGGAUACUCAGGGCGCGAUGGUGAAAAGGGUGACCGAGGACCCCCAGGACCCUCAGUGGGUGGCGCUGUAGGCCCGCCUGGUCCUCAGGGACUGCGUGGCUUGCAGGGUCCACGAGGCAAGGAUGGCAAUGAUGGUCUGCCAGGGCCUCGUGGACCUCCUGGAGUGCCGGGUGGUCCUGGGGAACCUGGGACUCCUGGAAGAGAGGGUCCUCCUGGCCUAAAGGGAGAGAAGGGUACCGGUGGUCGACCAGGAGAGCCAGGUCUGCAGGGGACUCCUGGCUUGCCAGGUGAACGUGGGGAAGCUGGCCUCCCAGGACUCAAGGGAAAUAGAGGCUUUUCCAUUCCAGGUGAACCAGGAUCUCCAGGAGCAUCAGGUAUCCCAGGGAAGGAUGGUCCGCGGGGUGCACCCGGUCCCACAGGUCUUCGAGGCAUUCCUGGAGACAGCAAAGAUGGCAUUCCUGGUCCGGCUGGAGAGCCUGGAGAUGAUGGUGUACCUGGCCAGCCUGGCACCCCUGGAAGGGAUGGCAUACCUGGCCGCUUUGGACAGAAAGGUGAUGAAGGCCUGGCAUGCGAAUGUGGAGAGUGUGAGAAAGGUGUGAAGGGUGUAUCAGGACCUCAGGGCCCUCCAGGGUACCAAGGAGGAAGAGGACCAGCAGGACCCAUUGGCUACCCAGGAGAGCGGGGUGAGGAUGGUCAGGUGGGCGUACCAGGACUGCCUGGCAAGGAGGGUUUACCAGGUCAGCCAGGCUUGCCAGGGAGUAAAGGAGACAAGGGCGAUGGUGCCUUAGCCUUUCCAGGACCUCCAGGCCCCAAAGGUGAUCCUGGUCAGAGAGGUCUCCCAGGCAUUGGUGGAGAGAAGGGAGAGAGAGGCAUUGCUGGAAGAAAUGGUCUCCAAGGCAUUCCCGGAAGAAAGGGUGAUAAAGGGGAACGAGGAUAUAAAGGCUUGGAUGGAACCAAGGGUGACAGAGGGAUUCCAGCAUUCUGCCAGAAUGGACUGAAAGGAAGAGAGGGUAGCAAAGGAGAUAAGGGAGAAAAGGGUGCACGUGGGGCGGAUGCACAUGCUGAUCAACUCUGCGUCAAACCACUUCCUGGGCCACAGGGAGAUAUUGGAGAACCAGGCCAAAAAGGCGAACAAGGAGAUGCUGGCCUUACAGGAUUAACGGGUUCAAAAGGAGAAAGAGGAAUUCCAGGUAUAGGCAUAACAGGUCUGCCAGGCCCUCGAGGAGAAAAAGGAGUCAUCGGUCCAAUAGGCCCCCCUGGGGACAAGGGUGAACCUGGAACACCUGGCCUCUCUGGCAGGCCAGGAACCAAAGGCAACAAAGGUGAUGAGGGACGCCCAGGGAUUGGCAGACCUGGAGUACCUGGAUUCCAUGGCUCCAAGGGAGAACAAGGCUUGCCAGGACUGCCUGGCAAAAGUGGAGUUGAUGGUGCCCCAGGCCCGGCUGGCCAGCCUGGGUUCAAGGGAGAGAAGGGAACUCCUGGCCUGAAUGGUCUGGAUGGCAUGAGAGGUGACAAAGGUGACACUGGACUCCCAGGACUCAUUGGCCAGACGGGACCCCAAGGCCGUCCUGGCAUGGAUGGACAGAGAGGUUCUGAUGGACUACCUGGUGUCCCUGGCCCCAGUGGCGUGAUUGGCAUGCCGGGCAUCAAGGGUGACAGAGGACCACCAGGCUUUGCUGGUCUCAAGGGAUCAGCUGGACCACCUGGUCUGCCAGGUUUGUCUGGACGUCCUGGCAAUGAUGGUCGGCCAGGUCAACAAGGACCCAAGGGUGACAUGGGUAUUGCAGGCUUCCCCGGCAGCCCAGGUAUUGCUGGUCGCCCUGGUCGGCCAGGACAGAUUGGCCCAAAAGGUUCCUCAGGCUUGCCAGGAAUUCGUGGCGAGCCUGGAGUCCCUGGACUUGAAGGACAAAGGGGAGACAAGGGUGAAAGAGGAUUCUCGGGCCCAUCAGGCAUCCAUGGAGCAUCAGCUGAAAAAGGAGAAAAGGGCAGCAUAGGCCCUCCUGGAAAUCCUGGUUUGCCUGGUCGUCCAGGUCCUCAAGGACCUCAGGGUCUUCCUGGACCAAAGGGCCGUGAUGGGUUUGGUACUCCAGGACCCCAAGGAGAGCAAGGGCUUCCUGGUCCCCCAGGUUUGAAAGGUUUGGAUGGAUUCCCAGGAUUGCCAGGUACUGAUGGAUUACCAGGACCUAAAGGAGACAAGGGGCUGCGUGGCUUCAUUGGAUCCCCUGGAGAGGACUGUGACCCCAUCCCUGGCCCCAUUGGAGUACCUGGAUUGGUGGGCCCUAAAGGAGAUCCAGGCUACGCUGGACGUGAUGGAGAGAAGGGCAAUACUGGACCCCAAGGUCCUCCAGGGUUAGAUGGACGACCAGGCCUUUCUGGAGACAAAGGAGUUGAGGGACCACCUGGGUUGUCAGGUGUGCCAGGACAGAAGGGCAGCAAGGGUGAGCCUGGCCCAAUUGGCCCACCAGGGCCCUCAGGGAUUCCUGGUCUUGAUGGACGUACUGGACCUCAAGGCCCUAAGGGGGACAAUGGUCUUCCUGGUGUGCCAGGACAGCCAGGCCUUGAUGGCACUAAGGGAGAAAAGGGGAACCCAGGGCCUGAGGGACCUCGUGGAGAAAUUGGAAGAACUAUGAAGGGUGAAAAGGGUCUCCCAGGUCUUCCUGGCAAACCUGGAAGAGACGGAUCAUUUGGAGAAAAGGGUUCUAAAGGUGAAGUGGGAUACCCAGGAUUACCUGGACAGCGUGGUCCCGCUGGUGACCCAAGUCCUCCAGGUUUUGAUGGAGCAAAGGGUGACCGUGGACCCUCUGGUCCUGCUGGGUUACCAGGACGAGAUGGCAGACCUGGUGUUCCAGGUGAAAAAGGUUUGCUAGGACCUCCUGGAGAGAGGGGCUUCCCAGGCCAGCCAGGUCCCCGUGGCCCAGAGGGCCCUAAGGGUGAUCUUGGGUUCCCGGGUGCUCCAGGUCAGCCCUGUGCUCCAGGAGCCAAGGGAGAAAGGGGAAUAGCUGGUGUGCAAGGUCUUGUUGGGCAGAAAGGCAAUCUGGGUCCCAAAGGAUUUGAUGGAUUGCCAGGAAUUGAUGGCCGACCUGGACUGCAGGGAACAAAGGGAGAGAGGGGAUUCCCAGGCAUCGAGGGUCGCCCUGGAAUUCCUGGACUAAAGGGCCAGCGAGGUCCACCUGGCCCACCUGGACUAAUAGGACCCAUGGGACCAGCAGGUAGCCCAGGUAUGCCUGGUAUGCCUGGUAUCAAGGGAGACCGUGGCUUUGAUGGAUUGCCAGGAGCAGGGGGUCCUCCAGGAAUGAAAGGAGACAGAGGCUUUGCUGGAGCACCUGGACUUCAGGGUCCCCCAGGGUUUGAUGGAAGUAAGGGUGAGGCUGGAGCAAGCUGCAGAGAGCAGCAGCAGUACUACUCUGGUACACUUGUGGUGAAGCACUCACAAUCUACACUUGUGCCACAGUGUCAGGCUGGACAUUACAGGCUAUGGGAAGGUUACUCUUUAUUGUAUGUGGAAGGAAAUGAAAAAGCCCACCACCAGGAUCUAGGUCUGGCUGGUUCCUGUGUGAGAAGAUUCAGUACAAUGCCUUUCAUGUUCUGUGAUUUCAACAAUGUGUGCAAUUAUGCUUCAAGAAAUGAUAAAUCUUAUUGGCUGUCCACCAGCGAAGCUAUUCCGAUGAUGCCAGUUUCCGACAUUGGCAUUCUUCCAUUCAUAUCUAGAUGUGUUGUCUGUGAGGCACCAUCCAAUGUGAUAGCAGUUCACAGUCAAUCCCUCUCAGUUCCUGAUUGCCCUCGGGGAUGGAGCAGCAUGUGGAUUGGCUAUUCCUUUGUCAUGCACACUGCAGCUGGUGCUGAGGGUGGUGGACAGUCCUUAGCAAGUCCUGGCUCCUGCCUUGAAGACUUCCGAGCAACACCAUUUAUUGAGUGCAAUGGAUAUGGAGGGACGUGUCACUACUUUGCAAACAAACUCAGUUUUUGGCUUGCCACAAUAGAAGACAGAAAUCAGUUUUCAUCACCAGUAUCAGAAACUCUCAAGGCUGGAAGUCUGCUCACAAGAGUUUCAAGAUGCCAAGUUUGCAUUAGGAACUAAGUAUGGAAGGAUAAAAAAAUAUUAAAACUUAAAAAAAAAAAAAAAAAGAAAACAAGCACAAGCAAAUGACUGAUGUGGCAAAAAUUUCAGAAGCUCUACUGUCCCAUUGUGAGUUUCCUUGCUUGCAGAUUUACUUUACAGAAAAUUUGUGUAAUUAAAUUUUGUCAAUGUCUAGUCUACACAGCUUCUUGCAGAAUGCAUUCUUGAAGUUCAUUAAAACGGACUUAGAAACUGCUAUUUAAAGUUUAUAUUAUGCUUAUCACCCAAGAACUCUUACUAGUCUCAAAUAUCCUGUUCCCUCUAUUAUCAGUGUCCUGUGUCGCCUGUUUCUGCUCAAGUGCUAAGUGCCCAGGCGGGCCCUACUGGGAUUCAAAGGGACGUACUAUAUUCUUGCUGUCAAUAUUUCUUUUAUGAAAGUAUAUUAUUAUCCUUCAUUGUAGCAGUUAUUACAAGGGGUAUUUAAAAGAUUUUUACAACUCCCUUUAUUGAUAAAUUAUCAUAGUUUAGCUUGUUAUGUUUUCCUGGUGCUACAUGUCGAUAAGUCUAGGUUAAGUAUUAACUCAAUGUUCAUAUUUUUAUCUUUAGAAAUAUUCAGAGUGACACUGCCAUCGAGAACCUCCUCCUGUGUGAGGUUUUUCAUAUAAUUUUAAGAGACUCACUCUUGUUAGGCAUUCUGAAAGUUGCACUUUUUAUUUCAAAAGUGCAUACUUUGUACAGAAUACUACCUGUAUAUGGAAAUCUUGUGAUCUUUCUUUAUUCUCCAUGUCACUGCCAUAAUAUAAAAUUAAAUCAACUUGAUGAAAUAUGUCCAUUUGUAUCACUGUCAACCUCUAGCCCAUGCAUGACAUUGUCUGUCUCAUUUUUUUUAAUAAAACAAAAUACAAAAGAUUAUACCUUCUAUUAAUCAUUCCUAACAUAACCUUUCCAUGGACAUAUUUCAUCCCAACUUUACUGAUAACUAUUUUCAGUUGGUAGUCACAUUUGUCCUAGGUGAGGAAAUAAUAGCAUGACAUGUAAAAUUGCAAAAAUUAGCAAAUAGUAAAGAUAACAUGGUGUUCUACUUAAGAUAUACUCAAAAACAAAAAAUCAACAUAAGUUGUGUUGGUUUGGAUUGAUGUAAACAUCUUACUGAGUUGCCCCAAAGUCUACCCUGCUCUGGGCAAGGUUGCUUCUGUACUGUAAAUUUUCUCUGAACAUUCUCUCCCAAUAAUGUGGGUGUUUCUGACGGAUCUCCACCCUGCCCAACUACGACAUCACCCUCAAACUGUUGUUCUAUCAAAUCCUACCUUAUGCUGCAGUCUUUCUCUCCUUCCUGCUCUGUAUCUCCAUCUCUUCCUUUAUACGUAUCUUUUCAUCACAUGGCUGUACCACCAGUCUUUUUUCUCCGGUACAGUAAUCCCUCCUUAUAGGCAGAUGUUAGGUUCCAAAUUGGACCGUUCAUAAGGUAAAGCUGUGUAUAACAUUUCAAGUAUAAUAAUACAUUACUACAGUACAGUAUAUACUGGGUAAUGACAGAAAAUUAAAAUUUACCCUCCUUUA